GAUGAUGAAUCAAUUCAACUUAAUCUGUGGAGACCCUACAAGGUUUGGUCAGCAGAGUCGAAGUCAGUCAGCGUCCAGUUGGAACUCGACGCCAAACAAAAGGAUGUCUCAGUGUGAGUGCCCAGUGUUGAGUGUCCCGUGUUGAUGUUCAGUGUGAGUGUCCAGUUUGAGUGUCCAGUGUGAGUGUCCAGUGUGAGUAUCCAGUGUGAGUAUCCAGUGUGAGUAUCCAGUGUGAGUUUCCAGUGUGAAUGUCUAGUGUGAGUGUCCAGUGGGAAGACAUAGUUGCGAGUCACUCUAGUUAACAAACUGGGUACCACUUAGGGGAGCCACUUGGCAGUAGGGUAAUAAAGUAUCUGGAAUAUGUUUUCUUAAAUUGGUACACAAAAAUAUUUCACUGACAAGGAGUGUGGAGUAUGUGCUCAGACGCAUGGUAGUUUAUGAUUGUUCAACACAGGAGCUCUUACCAUGAGAAUGGAAACAAUUUUAGCUCACUGACUGGAAACUUUUCUUUAAAUAGUACCUUAUAAUUGCUUGUUAAAGUCAGAAAACGUUCAGUUGAAUCCUAUGUUGUUGUUUUUUUUUAAAGUCUGUAAAAUUAAUGUUUUAAUAUACGCUUGAAAAAAAAAAUAAACAUUUAAAAUUUAACAGACGCUAUUCUUAAUUUUAUUUCUACAACUUAAUUUGUGGAGUCAAGAAAUGUUUGAAGGAAUGCCUUGUAUUUGUUAAAAGCUGUUUGUUAUAGGGCUAUUGAUAUCGACAAUUGAUUGGCUGCUUGCUGCUCGUCAGUGUCGUAGUCUGUAAACACCAUUAGGAGCCUAAUGUUUAAAUAAAUAAAACUAUUCAAUCUUAUUCUCACUCCAUUGUGUAGUAGGUACCAUGCCGUGUUCUUUUGACACCAUUUGGAGCCUAAUGUUUAAAUAAAUAAAACUAUUCAAUCUUAUUCUCACUCCAUUGUGUAGUAGGUACCAUGCCGUGUUCUUUUGACACCAUUUGGAGCCUAAUGUUUAAAUAAAUAAAACUAUUCAAUCUUAUUCUCACUCCAUUGUGUAGCAGGCACCAUGCCGUGUUCUGUUGACACCAUUUGUAGCCUAAUGUUUAAAUAAAUAAAACUAUUCAAUCUUAUUCUCACUCCAUUGUGUAGUAGGUGCCAUGCCGUGUUCUGUUGACACCAUUUGGAGCCUACUGUUUAAAUAAAUAAAACUAUUCAAUCUUAUUCUCACUCCAUUGUGUAGUAGGUACCAUGCCGUGUUCUGUUGACACCAUUUGGAGCCUAACGUUCAAGCAAAUAAAACUUAAAACUCAUUCUCACUUCAUUUUGCAGCGAGUACCAUCAACGCUGAUCAGAGUUCUAACAGAAGUCCGUCAUUUAAGACUAACAACAGAAACAUGAACAAAAGUCCUAGUCCUACAGGACACAGCCAAUGGUGAGUAAAUGUGUGUUUUUAAAGACAGCUACAGCGGGGUCUUUAAGGUAGUUGAUUCUUUUUAAAACGUGCCGAGACAGACUUUGAGAAAAUCUUCUCCAGAGAAUGUCUUUGAUUUGAAUUAUAUCAUGGGCCCCUUUCAUCUGUCCUAUUGACAUCAUAAUGUAAAUCAUGGUCUCUCCCAUUUGUUACAUUGCUAUUAUAACGUAUAUCUGACCGACAUGAAGGAAUCUGAUGGUGUGUAAGAGUCGCCGAGUCUCUGUAAAUGUAUAGAGUAAUCCAAUUUACUUUCCCCAUUUAGAAAAAAAAAAAGGAAAAAGGGGUGGGGGGGGGGUAAUUUUAAGCAAACCACUUUUUUUUGUAUUUGAUAAAAGUCCCAAUUAACAAAUCAAGGAAUUUCCUUUACACGACUAUUACUUCGUAUCUUUAUGUGCUUAACCUCUCUCCACCCCCUACCAACCCUGACUCCCAGGUACGACACUGCCAACAUUGAUGACGCACUCAGUGACAUCAGGAGGAGAUUGCUAUCUGACUCCACCCACAAAGCCCACGACUCGUUCGACCGCAGCACCCGGCGGUCCGCGUCCGACAGCACCGACACCUUCACGUACACAACCUGCGAGCGCUACAGCCGCCCGGCCAGGAAGGAGCUCCGCGACGCGCGGCGCUGGAGCCCUAAGUUUCCCGGAGACUCCGGCAAGCAGCGGGGCGCCACCGGCGACAAGUUCAAGCUCGACGACUACCUCAUCAGCGACAACCCCGGCUACGGCGCUGCCACGUACACGCCGGACACGGAUCCGUACGAUUUGGAGGAGCGGCGCAUCAAGUGCGUGAGGGAAGCCCUGUUGCAAGACAUCGCUGAAGAUGUGGAGGAGGGUGAUACGAAUACGGACAGUUCUGAUGAGGAUGAUGAUGAUGAUGAUGAUGAUGACGACGACGAGUCAUCGUUGCAGACCGCGGGGUCUUACCACACCAACACGUCCAGCGCCACGGGGGGUCUCUUCCCUGCUCUGAAAAGUAAGGAGUUGAUGGACGGGCGUGGUUUGAAAUAUUCCCACUUGUUGUAAGCAAGUGACGCUCACAGGUUUCCCUGAUUGGAGGUUUGCUUCUAAAGUCUUUACGCCAUUUGUACGCAGUUAUGAAAACAAAGGUUUUAGUCGUCCUAAAAAUAGAAAUAAUUAUAUAUAUAUAGUUUAUUAAUUCCUGAACUAACUUUUUUAUUUAGAAAAUUCUUGACG